GCAGUGCCUCACCAGCCACUGACCUCACCGCACGCCACUGAUAAAAAGUGUCUGUAGAAAUGAACAGGCACUGAGGGAUGUCCUCACCACACACAACACCAAGGUUGCCAUGCCAACUACAGCUGAAAUGGACAAACUGCAGAGGUUGGAAACGCUACUGGAGCCCUGCAGGUAUGUGACUGAACUUCUGGGAGGAGAAAAGUAUGUUUCAUGCUCUGUGGUUCUGCCUGCUUUUUGCCAUCUCUCUCGGGUCAUGGAGAGUUCAGAUGAUGACCCAGCCUACGUGGUCAAAUUUAAGUCUACAUUCAGAACAGACCUGGAGACACGCAAAGAAAAUGCCAACAUUGCAUAUCUGAAGAUUGCUACCGCAUUGGACCCUAGAUUCAAGGACCUCAAGUGUAUACCCAGAGCUGAGAGGGGUGAGGUGUGGGCCUUAGUCACCAACUUACUAAAGGAACAGAGGUUUGUUGCAGAGAAACCUGUGGAAGCAACAUCAGAGCCACCAAAUAAAAAGUUAGCCCUAUUGGCUGCUUCAUCAGAGUCUGAUUCUGAGCAGGAGGAAGAUUCAGUUGAGAACAGUGUGCGUCGAUUCAGAGCGGAGCCCACCAUCAGUACAGAGUCCUGUCCAUUAGAGUGGUGGUCCAAACAUGCAGGCUCACACAGCAGGCUGGCCUCCAUUGCACAGAAGUACUUGGCCACACCUGCAACAUCAGUACCCUGUGAAAGGUUGUUUUCUCCUGCUAGUCAUAUUGUACAGAAGAAGAGAGUUUCUUUAUCAUCUGAAAAUGUAAAUAACCUUGUGUGUCUUAGCAACUGGCUUGGUGCAGAGCAGUAAAUAGGUUACACACCUAAAAUAUAUCUGUCCAAUCUGGUGGGAACAAAAAUCUGGGUAAGAAAACAGAUUUAGAUUCUCAGAAAACAUAUUUUAUUUUUUAAUUUUUAUUUUUAACAUUUUUUAAAUGCUACUGUGU